ACUCCCCUCUCUCUCUCUCUCUUCUGAAAUUCUCCGCGUUUCUUCUGUCAGAGGCUACAAAGCUCAAAAACCCUACAAGGAGAGGUAGAGAUCGAAGGAGUUGUAUGAGAAAGGAGUGAUGAUGACGGAGAAGAUUGAAGAAAAGUUGGAUUUUAUGACGGGGGCGAUCUCUCCCUUCUCCCUCGACGCGAUUGAACCCUCUUUUGGAGGAGGAUUCUUCGACCUCGCCGCCGACAUCGACGCCGGCGACCGUGGAUCCUUCGGCUUCGUCGACCUCCUCGGCAUACACGAUCUUCCCCAAGUUCUGCUCGACACUGAGUCAUAUGGAGCUUCCGCCGCUCCAGCUCUAGAAUCAUCGGAGACACAAAACUUCCCGGCGACGCCGAACUCGUCUUCAAUCUCUUCAUCCUCAUCCGAGCCCUCCCCGGACGCCGAUCCGACGAUGCCGGCAUCCGAUCCUCCGGAGGCUGAAGACGAAUCCGCCGAGCAUGACCAGGCGAAGAAGAUGGGAUCAUCGGAUUCGAAGGGAAGGAAGAAGAAAGGGCAAAAGCGCCAGAGGGAGCCACGAUUUGCGUUUCUGACGAAGAGCGAGGUCGAUCAUCUCGAAGAUGGUUAUCGCUGGCGGAAGUACGGCCAGAAGGCCGUAAAGAAUAGCCCCUUCCCCAGGAGCUACUACCGCUGUACGAGCGCUCUCUGCGGCGUGAAGAAGAGAGUGGAACGUUCCUCCAACGAUCCAUCGGUGGUGGUCACCACCUACGAAGGCCAGCACACUCACCCAAGCCCAAUAAUUCCACGUGGCAACCACCAUUUCUCCGCCCCAUCGCCGGAGCUGGUCGAUCUCCACCGCUUCCAGCUUCAAAGCUCUUAUGUGCUCUCAUCCCAGCCGUCGAAUUUCCAUCCAGUGGUCACCGCGGCUCCACCGUCGCUUCCGCCGCCGGCGCCGCGGCCUAUUCCUGUACUGGGAUUCGGCGAGCGUACUUACUGUGAUUCUGCGACGGGGAUCGGGCUACGAGAUCACGGACUCUUACAAGAUUUAAUCCCAUCAGAUGUCAUGAUGAAAAGGGAACAGUAGAUAUGUAGACGGCGGUGAUUCACCGCUUAACCGCCGGAUUUGCGUAGGUUGAUCGAUCGAUGAUUUAUUCCUUUGGGUUUUUUAUUCCUAUGGGAUUGAUUACUUCUAACUUAUACAUUGCACUUGGACUUCUUCUUCUUCUGAACCCAUGUACCCUUACCAUGUAUAAUUAUCAGCUAUUUUUUUCUUCUUAA